AUGUUUUUAUCUCACAGUAAAACCGAUCAUGAUGCCGAUGAAGCAUUAAAAAAUUCCAUCUUAUAUGAUUUAUGUACUCCGAUUCCACGUAUUUAUAAUUCUGUUGAUGCCAUACUUGAUAAUGAUAAUAUACAAACACAUCAACAGCGUAUACUUGUUGGUAGUUAUAAUGAUCGUACCUCGUUUUCACGUCAAUAUUCGAAGAACUUUCAAGCUUUCGAAUUUGAUUAUAAUGUGAUUAUAGAUAGUCUUAAUGAAACUGAAUGUAAAACAGUAAUUGUACCGAGACUGGAUAAAAUUGAUUAUGUUUGGCUUAAACAUUAUCAUAGAAAGAGGAGUGAAGGGGUAACGGAAGACUAUGAGUAUAUUGAAGUGGACGGUGAAAAAUAUUUAAAUGGAUAUGCUAUAAAAGAAAAGUAUGAUUUACAGUUUUGGAAUAACUGCAAGUGCAUUAAUAUAAAGCGUUCGGUUCAGCAAACAUCAAUUGCAUUUAAGAUUGUUCCAUUGAUUCUGGAACAUAAUGACAAUUCAAAGACACUGAAAGCUAAACUUGAUAAGUUCCAAAUAUUAUCCUAUAAGCUAGAUUCGUGGAUAAUCGAAGAAGGGCGUGAAUGGUGUAUGAAGCAAUGGACUGAGAUAACAAUCGAUUUUAUUGUUGGUAUUGAUAUUUGUUUUCGUUAUCGAAAAUAUUCGCUGUAUAAAACAUUGUUUUCACAUGAAUAUCAACGAAAACUGCAAGACGUAAAGAACCUAUUGGAAUGGGUGAAAAAAGAAGACUUUAAAAGUAUGUUGAACAAGUAUAAAACAUAUAUCAAUGUUUAUGAAUAUCUAACGAACAUACUGAAGACAAAUCCGUUUUUCAAUGAGAAUGGUCAAACAGAUAUCCUUAAGUACUAUACACGAGCGUUAAUAACUCAGUUAGACAUAUAUCAGACACAUGUGGUAUUCAAAUCAUCAAUGGACCAUACAAAAGCAGGUAAUGAAAGAAUUUUCGAUCUAACACCAGUCGUCCACCUAAAAAAUUAUUGGCCGUCGAUGUGUACAGAUGUACUACGUGCCAUUUCAGGGCGUUACGGUCCACAUGUUCAAAUGGCCAUCGAACAAAUCGGUUGUGAUCUCGUACCAAAAUGGUCAAGACAAGGUCACUUCGAAGUUGAUGGUCGACUUGAUUUUCGCUAUGCAUUUUCUCGAGUUGAAGGUUGUCUAGCAAACGUGCGAAACGAACUAGAAAUCUCAUUUAUGGGAUUCGUCAAGUGCUUGUUUUAUCAUUACAUAGCUGAUUCAAUGAUGAUUGAUUCUUAUACAUUUAAAACAUUAUUAAAUUGGUAUAUUGAAAAAAGUCCCAUUGAAAGUUGGAAACAAACAGCUAAUUUUUUACACGAUUGUUACCGACUAGUUAAUGAACAUUACGAACAGUUUCUUUUAUUUGCGAUAACAUCGUUUGAACAAAAGAAGUGUGAUCAUUAUUGGCUACGAAACCAGAAUAUAAACUUAUUGGAAGUGAUUUCUAGUGCUACACAGAGCAACUGUCUAAAUACAUUACAAAAAAUGAAAGCUGACAAAUGGCUUUAUAUCUGCAACUGUAAUCAAGUUAUUUUUGCUAACUGGAUCCAGUACAGUAAAAACGCAUGUUAUUUAAAUCAUUUAAAUUUAUUUGACAUAUUUAUUUAUAUAUUUGGACACCAUGAAUAUUUAGAACGGUAUGAUUACCAAGCAGAAUAUCUUAAUGUUACAUGCAGUCUGUUUGCCCAUUUAUCAGCUGUUGGAUGUGAAUAUAUACCGUGGUCUAAAUGGAUGGACUUUUUCUUUUCUGUUUCUUCUCAAUCAUCGAAUGACUAUAAAAAUUAUUAUUUAACGGGUCAGUUUAAACAUGAUUACUUUAAGUUUAAUUCAUUAGCUUUAACGCUUAUACCGAAUACAGCAAUUUCAGAUUUAAAAAAGAUAAUUUGUUACUUAAUAACAGAAUGGUUAAGUCAGACAAAUGCAUUUAUCUAUCAUUUUCUUUUAAAUUCACGCAUUAAAAGAAUGAUGAAAACAGAAACAACGGCAAGCAGAUAUAAUUUAGACAAGUUACUCGCAGAACAAGAAUAUUCUUAA